AUAGGCAAAAAAGUAAUAAAAGGGAGCCAUGAGUAAAAAAUAAGGGGCCAAUUUAGGCAAUAGGAAGAGAAAUCAUAUAGUUGGCGCAAGAGAAGACAAAAACGCUGGUUGAGGGCGAGGGCGACGGAUCGCCGGAAUGUAGCGGCAGUAGCAGUGGUACUUCAUACUUGUAAAAUAAACUACAUCACAACAAACAAGCAAGAAGAAAGCAGGAAACUCCCCCAAUCACUCGACACUCACUUUAGAGGAACAUUGCUUGAUCUGAUUAAAAUUAGAGAAAAUAAUCGAUCGCCCUCUUUCCCAGUUCUUUUAACAGUGUUCCUUCAACGUUGUCUUUCCUGUUUCCUAUGGCUUCCUUCGCUUUUUGACUGCUUCACGCAAGCGUUAGUUACUAUUCCUCCCUCCCUCAUGACUUCAACUGUUUCAACUUCUCGAAGAUUUCUUCCCCCAAUAGGCCAUGGCUCCUUUGAAUCCCCAAAUAUCAUUGCUUCUGGAUCUUUAGUCCCACCCCAGUCGGACAGUGUUGAAGUAGACUUACUCUCUGUGUCUUGGAAUCAGGAUUAUGGAUGCUUUGCUGCUGGCACGAACUGCGGAUUUCGUAUUUAUAACUGCGAGCCUUUUAAGGAAACUUUCAGACGUGAUCUGAAAAGUGGGGGAUUCAAAAUUGUUGAGAUGCUGUUCCGCUGCAAUAUUCUGGCACUUGUUGGCAGAGAUUCUAAUUCCCAGCAUCCUCCAAACAAAGUUUUAAUCUGGGAUGAUCAUCAAAGCCGGUGCAUUGGUGAAUUUUCAUUUAGGUCUGAGGUUCGUGCAGUUAAAUUAAGGAGGGAUCGAAUUGUUGUUGUUCUUGAGCACAAAAUAUAUGUUUAUAGUUUCAUGGAUCUAAAACUUCUUCAUCAGAUCGAGACGCUAGCAAAUCCGAGAGGGCUAUGCUGCCUUUCUCACCACUCAAAUACAUCCGUUUUAGCUUGCCCAGGUCUUCAUCGAGGACAGGUUCGAAUUGAACACUUUGGGCUGAAUGUCAUGAAGUUGAUUAAUGCUCACGACUCUCACCUUGCAUGCAUCACCUUGACAAUGGAUGGCCUGCUUCUUGCAACUGCUAGUAUAAGAGGCACUUUGAUAAGAAUUUUCAAUACAAUGGAUGGGACUCGCUUGCAAGAGGUUCGAAGAGGAGUUGACAGAGCAGAUAUUUAUGGCAUUGCACUCUCUACCAAUGUCCAGUGGUUAGCUGUAUCAAGUGACAAAGGUACUGUUCACAUUUUCAGUCUUAGAGUUCGUGUUGCUGGGGAGGAUCCUUCCUCUCAGUCAAGUCCUAUUCAAGGUCCAGCACUGCAGAACCAGAAUUCAUCAAAUUUCCUUGAUGCCCUUAUCUCUCCAAGCACUAGUGCCAACCCUGGCUCAUCAUUGUCUUUUAUGAGAGGGCAUUUGUGCUUUAGAGGACGAUACAUCUGUCUUUUUCUUUUCUGUUUUCAGGGGUACUACCAAAGUAUUUUAGCUCAGAGUGGUCGUUUGCUCAGUUCCAUUUACCAGAAGAUACUCAAUUUAUUGCAGCAUUUGGAUCCCAGAAUACUGUCAUCAUUGUUGGCAUGGAUGGAAGUUUCUACAGGUGCAGCUUUGAUCCAGUUCAUGGUGGGGAGAUGAUGCAGCAGGAAUAUGUGCGUUUUCUGAAAACAGAGAGCACCCCUAGAUAGGGAUUUUCUAGAAACAGAGAGCACGGGGUGCGAGUCGUAUAUAGUUAUCGUCCUUCCUGUGUAAAUAUGGAUCCAUCUUGAAUGUCUGUCUAUCAUGUAAAUAUUGUGGCAACAAAUUUAACUAACUGUACAGCAUUUUGUAAGCAGUUGUUGUUGCAAUUGCAAUUGCUUACUGGUGGCAAUAAAUGAAUUGCAGUCGAGUUCACAUC